AUGAGUGAAAAAAAAAACACACCCUUUGUGUACAAGUUUACCGCCGGAGCAGUAGCUGGGAUCAGUGAGAUUCUAUUAAUGUAUCCUUUGGAUGUCGUAAAGACACGUAUGCAAUUGCAAGUGUCUAACCCUGGGAUAACUAAUAGCGACACGAUGUAUGGUGGGAUUAUUGAUUGUUUCACAAAAAUGAUCCGUAAAGAGGGCGCUAGUAAGUUGUAUAAAGGUAUCAGUUCACCAAUUCUCAUGGAAGCACCUAAACGUGCUACCAAGUUUGCUACUAAUGAAGAAUUCUCAUACCAAUACAAACGUCUUUUCCCCAAUGUCGGGGCACAAUCAAUUGCCACAUUGAGUGGUGCGUCAGCAGGUAUUUGUGAAGCGUUUGUGGUAGUACCGUUUGAAUUGGUCAAGAUUCGACUCCAAGAUAGAAAUAGUGUAUUCAAAGGACCAUUGGAUGUUCUUCGAAACUUAAUCAAGAAAGAAGGUGUUUUUUCCAUCUAUAACGGGUUAGAAAGUACGCUAUGGAGACAGUCUGUAUGGAAUGCAGGUUAUUUUGGAAGUAUAUUCCAAAUCAGAUCCAUAUUAAACCAAUACCCAAGUAUGGAAAAAAAUGUUACUAUACGUGAUUUAAUUGCAGGGAUGAUCGGUGGGACCAUUGGUGUUUUGUUAAAUAUCCCAUUCGAUGUGGUGAAGUCAAGAAUUCAAUCACAACCUAUUUUGGAGAAUGGGGUAAGGAAAUACAAUUGGGCUUGGCCCUCAUUGUUUGUCGUUUAUCGUGAAGAAGGGUUUCUUGCUCUAUACAAGGGGUUCUUACCAAAAGUUGUCCGUCUAGGUCCAGGUGGUGGGAUUAUGCUUGUAGUGUUUAAUGGGGUCUUGACAUGGAUGGGAGGAGGCAAGUAA